AUGCCACCAGAACCAGUGUCCGUCACCUUGGACGACUUCUACAAAGCCCAUAUGGAGACCAGGGGCGAAGAGCCCGAGAUCGGUCCUCUGGUCCCAGUCCAGUCCGACCAUCGUCUGGCCAUGUUUGGCUAUAGCGUGGAGCACAUCAACCUGCUUCUCGUUCCGAUGGUGAAGAACAAGAAAGAGCCCCUAGGUUCGAUGGGUAACGAUGCUCCCCUUGCCUGCCUGUCUCAGCGUAAUCCACUGGUCUUUGAGUACUUCAAGCAACUCUUUGCCCAGGUCACCAACCCACCUAUUGACCCCAUCAGGGAAAGCAUUGUCAUGUCACUGGCAUGUCCCAUCGGCCCUGAAGACAACAUCCUAGAGCCAAGUGAGAAGCAGUGCAACCGUCUGUUCUUGGAUGCUUCGAUCUUGACCCUGCAUGAUCUUGAGAUCAUCAAAGAUACAUCUCUUUGUACAUGGAAGGUAAACACACUAGCUCCAAGUGAAUGGACUUCCUUUUGA